AUAUUUCCUGUGAGUCAUCCCCUUCAUCACUGUCAGCUCGGACGGCCUGGAUACUGUAAAUACACCGCCUCGUUUUCUCCAAUAUACGAGCUACCGAUUGUCCAAAGGAAUAAACAAGAAGUGAUUUUGUUUACACAUUUUUCCUGGAUUCUCACUAACGUUAACUGGUGUGGGCUAAGUUAGCCACAAUAGCACGCUGAGGUUUUCUUCUGGAGUCCGCUCAAACCUGGCCUGGUGGACUGGUCCCUAUGCGUACACUGCCUCCCUCUGGCAGAUGAGUAACCAGCGGGGUGCAGUCGCACGGCCAGAUAGUCCCCUGCGAGCGCGGUGCGUCCUCUGGCUCGCAGCAUGCCCGCCACCAGCCGGGCAGGGAGCCUGAAGGACCCUGAGAUCGCAGAGCUAUUCUUUAAAGAGGACCCUGAGAAGCUCUUCACAGACCUCCGUGAGAUUGGUCAUGGCAGCUUCGGCGCAGUGUAUUUUGCACGGGAUGUGCGGACCGCAGAGGUGGUGGCCAUCAAGAAGAUGUCCUACAGUGGGAAACAGUCUAAUGAGAAAUGGCAGGAUAUCAUUAAGGAAGUCAAGUUCCUCCAGAGAAUACAACACCCAAACAGCAUAGAGUAUAAAGGAUGCUACCUGCGGGAACACACAGCAUGGCUUGUUAUGGAGUACUGUUUAGGCUCUGCUUCUGACCUCCUUGAAGUUCAUAAGAAGCCCCUUCAGGAAAUUGAGAUUGCAGCAAUUACCCAUGGUGCUUUGCAGGGCCUUGCAUACCUUCAUUCCCAUAACAUGAUUCACAGGGAUAUCAAAGCUGGGAACAUCCUGCUGACCGAGCCUGGACAAGUCAAACUGGCAGAUUUUGGUUCUGCCUCCAUUGUCUCUCCAGCCAACUCUUUUGUGGGGACACCAUACUGGAUGGCCCCUGAAGUGAUUUUAGCCAUGGACGAGGGACAGUAUGAUGGAAAGAUUGACAUCUGGUCUCUUGGGAUCACCUGCAUAGAACUAGCGGAAAGAAAACCUCCUCUGUUUAACAUGAAUGCGAUGAGUGCCUUAUACCACAUAGCGCAGAAUGAGAGCCCUGCACUGCAAUCGAGUGAAUGGACGGAUUAUUUUAGAAAUUUUGCUGACUCCUGCCUUCAAAAAAUCCCCCAAGACAGACCACACUCUGAGGAUCUGUUGCAGCAUGCCUUCAUCCUGCGAGAGAGACCAGAAUCUGUUCUGAUAGACUUAAUUUUGCGGACAAAAGAUGCGGUCCGAGAGCUGGACAACCUGCAGUACCGCAAGAUGAAGAAGAUCCUCUUUCAGGAGGCGCACAAUAUAAAGACCACUCUGAAAUCGGAGUCAAAAUCAGAGCCAGAGCACGGUCCUGGUCGCACAGGCACAGUGAGCAGUGUGGGCAGUAAUCAGUCCAUUCCCAGCAUGUCGAUCAGCGCAAGCUCUCAGAGCAGCUCAGUGAACAGCAUUCCUGACGCAGCUGAUGACAAGAGUGACCUUGACCUGGAGAAAGACCACACUGUUAUGUCUAAUAAUUCGGUCAUACACCUGAAGCCUGAAGAAGUAGUAGUUUACCCUGAGGAUCCUGAAACGCAUCCUCGUCCCUUAGAAGCCCAGGCGGCACCCGCACAGCCCCCGCAGCGCAAACACCAUCGCAACCGCGAGCACUUUGCCACUAUCCGCACAGCCUAUCUGGUGACACGCCAGAUGCAGGAACAUGAGCAGGACUCCGAGCUGAGGGAGCAGAUGUCCGGUUACAAACGCAUGAGACGGCAGCACCAGAAGCACAUUAUGGCCCUGGAGAACAAACUGAAAGCGGAGAUGGAUGAACACAGGCUGAGACUGGACAAAGAGCUGGAGGCCCAGAGGAACAGCUUUGCCACUGAGAUGGAGAAACUUGUGAAGAAAAACCAAGCAUCCAUAGAAAAAGAUGCCAAGUCAUUUGCCAAUGAUGAGAAGAAAUUCCAACAGCACAUUCAAGCACAGCAAAAGAAAGAGCUUAGUAGCUUCCUGGAGUCACAGAAACGAGAGUACAAGCUAAGAAAGGAACAACUGAAAGAGGAGCUAAAUGAGAACCAGUCCACCCCUAAGAAAGAGAAGCAGGAGCGGCUUUCGAAGCAGAAGGAGAACUUUCAGCACUACCAGGCAGAGGAGGAGGCCAACCUGCUCCGUCGGCAGCGGCAGUACCUGGAGCUGGAAUGUCGUCGCUUUAAACGGCGAAUCCUCAUUGCAAAACACAACGUAGAGCAAGACCUUGUACGCGAGGAGCUAAAUAAGCGCCAGACGCAGAAAGAUCUGGAACAUGCCAUGCUACUCCGCCAUCAUGAAUCCAUGCAAGAGCUGGAGGUGAGACAGCUGGGCACCAUCCAGAAGAUGCGUACAGAGCUGAUCCGCUUGCAGCAUCAGACUGAACUCACCAACCAGCUAGAGUACAACAAACGCAGAGAGCGAGAGCUACGCCGCAAACACGUCAUGGAGGUCCGGCAACAGCCCAAGAGCCUUAAGUCUAAAGAGCUCCAGAUCAAGAAACAGUUCCAGGACACGUGUAAAAUCCAGACACGGCAGUAUAAGGCCCUGCGCAACCACCUCCUGGAGACCACACCAAAGUCUGACCACAAGGCUGUGUUGAAGAGGCUGAAGGAGGAGCAGACCCGGAAAUUAGCCAUCCUUGCUGAGCAGUACGACCAUUCCAUCAAUGACAUGCUCUCCACACAAGCUCUGCGAUUGGAUGAGGCACAGGAGGCCGAAUGUCAGGUGCUUAAGAUGCAGCUGCAGCAGGAGCUGGAGUUGCUAAAUGCUUAUCAGAGCAAGAUCAAGAUGCAGACGGAUGCGCAGCACGAUCGUGAGAGGAAAGAGCUGGAGCAGAGGGUUUCACUGAGGAGGGCUCUUCUUGAGCAAAAGAUUGAAGAGGAGAUGGUUACCCUGCAAAAUGAGCGUUCAGAGCGAAUCCGCAGUCUAUUAGAGAAGCAGGCCCGGGAGAUUGAGGCGUUCGACUCUGAAAGCAUGCGUCUGGGCUUCAGCAACAUGGUGCUCUCCAACCUGGCCUCAUCCGAUGGCCACAGCCACAGCUUUCCGGGGGCCCAGAGUAGCUGGGGCUCCCAGCAUGGUGCAAGCUCCCAGGGGUCACAAUGGGGAGGGCACCACAGUGGCAGCCAGCACAGCCACCACCACCACCCAAGCCACAGUGACUCUAUCCAGCAGCCUUGGGGUCACGGCCUGCCUUCAGGGGGGCCACCCCCCUGGGGACACUACGGGUCUGGGGGCAGUCAGCGCUCGAGCGGGGGAAGUGGUGGGCUACGGAACAGUCCCCAGGCGGUACGGCGGGCCACCACAGGGGUCCGCAGUGAGCAGGCGAUGAGCAGAAGUGCCAGCCUCGCCUCUCAGAUUUCCAAUGGCUCGCACUUGUCCUACACAUAAGACCACCCGCUGCUCUCCCACAACACCCAUCUUGACCCAAAAUGCCAUAGGGGAAGGGACAAAGGGGCACCUUGGUAUUUUUUUAUUUAAUUUUUUUUUUUUUUUUUGGUCUUUUCUUU